AACGGGCGAGCUCGCGCACACACACACACACACACAUACACACGUCGCGUGCCUCGCGCUGCGGGACCGGAGUUUAUAAACAAGCAGAGCGGGCAAGCCGGCCUCGAGGGGGGCAUGCCCGGGCACAGACACGACGAGCGGCGCUGACAAAGGCGGACGGCAGGCGGGAGAAAGCGGUCGUCGAGCUGGACUUACGCUUUUUUUUUACACGAGUUAUGGUUAAACGUCCCGAUGUCAUCGAUGGAGAGCACGGGGACGGACAAGUAGCGGGGAGUCUACCGCUGAGGCGUCGGAUGGAUGAUGAGGAGGAGGACAUGUCGCUGCCCAUCUCACAGCUCAGGGUGUUGCCCAUCGGGGGCGUCAAAUGCGAAGAGCGAGCGUCGCAGAUCGCAGCCGGACAGGCCCUGGCCGCCGUCACCGCCGCCGUGGCCACGUCGCAGGGCCACGGCAACAACGGCAUCAACGCGCUGCCCCGCAGCGUACACCGGCAGCCCCGCGCACCUGUUAACGGCAGCGUGGGAUUGCCCUUACAUCUUCCUGCUCAGUUUGUGCCCAUGGAGGACCGGGGAGAAAGGCAGAUCGCUGAAGAGGAGGACAGAGGGGAGGAGGACGAUAGAAGGGCCCAGAGGCCCGAGGUGGAGCCCGCGGGCGAGAGCGUCGAGGUCCAAAUUGGCCGUAAGCUCCGAGAGCUUGGGGACAAGUUCCACCAGGAUCACAUUGAGCUGUUCAUGAGGCACCAGAGACAGCACCUGCCCGUGUGGAUGCGCCUUACAAUCGCCUUCUUUGGCUUUCUGUUCCCGAGGCAGGCUCUCGUGCCGCGCCUGGGAGGACGGCAGCGAUGAAGGGACUCUCAGCCGGCCUUCGCGCGAAUCGCCUCGCGCUCUCCGACUCGAACCAAGGACUCGAAGUUUAAAGAGAUGGCACUGUAAGAUGGAAACGACGGGUUUGGAUUUCGUUUUCUAACUGAAUAUGAAGAUGAGAUGAAGAAGACACUGGUCGCCGCUGGACGGAGACUGAUUACUGUUUUCCUUUUUUUUUUUUCUUUUGUUUGUUUGUUUAUUUGUUUUGUUUCACCUCUCCGAGAAGAAGCCAUUUUGUUUGAAGAGAUAUUUUGGAAAUAUUUGUAAGAUGACCUAUUUUCUACAGCAAACUGCUCUUUUUAUUCUGGUGCGUCGACUCCUGAAGGACCUCCAUCUGUCCAGGGAAUGCCUUACUCUCUCCUGCCGCAGUGAAAUGCCAUUUUGCAUCAAAAAAAAUAAAAAAAAUCAUGCAAGAGAGAGAAAGAAAGAGAGAGAGAGAGAAAGAUUAACGUUUAAGUCGCUUUCGGGUGACGAGACUGUGGACAAGUCUGCGCUGAAGUUACUGACGCGAAACUCUCAAGAAAGAGACUCCAGGCACAUUUCUGAGUUAUCCUCCUAAAGACGAAAGAACGCCCUUCUGCUCACCGUUCACCUCUCCACACAUUGGCAACCUUAAAACCGUAGCUCUGGCUCAAAUCAGCCUGCCGGUGUGUCACUCAUCCGCAGACGCCGUCUACGGUCCGCCGUGCAGAUUCAGGCUCUGCUAAAAGGAACCUACUUGAAUUGCACGUUCCAAAGAGAUUCAGGGCACAUCGUUUUAAAAGAUCUGAUGCAGUAAUAGCUUACCGGGGGGUGGGUGGGGGUGGGUCCUGUAUAUCCUGACGCCAAACAAGCACAAACAAACACCCAGAAGCCUCACUCUGUCUGGGAUUUACGAUCAGGGGGUCUGAGAACAAUCACCUGGAAAGCCUCGGGUCAAAGGCCAUCGGUUUCCACACGUUCAGUCGCUCACCUGGCUGGAUCGACAAUCGCAAGUUUUGCCCCUUUGCAAGCCAGUGGAACAGAUGCAUCGGCAAUCAAAAGGCUCCCCCGCACUGUUUCAAACGCGAGAUGUCCCACAAUGCCAGCUUUCCUUCUGUACAGUGUCAAAAAUGUCGUAGAAACGUCGGUUUCCACGAGACUUGUGCAACAACUCACACCAACACAGCCACUAUUUGUCGAUGUAAAUUCUGGGAUAAUAUUGUUAAAGAUUGCUCCUUUUUGGUAUUAUAUUGGUUAUAGAGUCGUUAUAUAAACAUUUGAAGACACUGAUUGUUUUUUUUUUUUUGUUUCUUCGGGGAGUAGUUAGCAGCCGUGCUAUCAUAGAAAUCUCACUCAUUCAGCUGGAUUUGGUAAAGAAAAGAUGAUCAUGAAGUGUGUCACAUGCUGUCAAGUUAUUUUAUUUUUUUUGCUUUUUUUUGUUUGUUUCGUUUGCUAUGAGAGUAGCCGAGUUUGUUUCCUGCAAACACUGAACGCUGAGCCAGUUAAGAUGGUAUUGAUACACACUGUCGUCUGCAGUCCACGGCGCCACCAGGUGCGCUCUCUUAACUACUCCCUGGGUCCUCUCGAAGACAAGUUUCAUUUGUUGGUUCAUUUGAAGUAAUUUAUUCUAAUUUAUUUUUGUGCGUACCUGCUCAGUGCUACUGUUUAGACGCCGUCUCGGCUUGUACAGUCCUUUCUUUUUUUUUUUUCCUCCUCGCCGUCAGGGAGCGUUUCACUUUUCAGAGCCCUGCGUGUGAGUAGGUUGGACUAAAGCCAUGUGCCUCGUGCUCUCUCUCUCUCUCUCUCUCUCUCUCUUACGCGCAAAACGCCGCGAGUCGUCGCAAGUCGAAAGGCGAAAUGAAAAGACAAUCAAAACGUACAAAAAAAAAAAAAAAACGUGUGCCUUGUGAGUAAAAAGACCUGCCCCCCCCCCGACAUCAUCCUCAUCAGCACUCGGCAUAGUUUACCUCCGGGUUUCUCCGUUUCACAAAUCUCCCCCAUCAGCUCGCGAGGCACAGGCUCAACCUUUUUGACACCUCUCGGCACGAACGGCGACCUCCCUCUCCUUCUUCACCCUCUCAAAACCAGAAGCGACUGUUUUUGCAACAUGCACUGUAAAAAGAGUUCUUUCUAUUUCUUUUUUUUUUUUAUCUGUAUACUGUAUUUGCGACCCCUCUCUUUCUACUUCUGCGCUGGACUUUCCCUCUAGACUGCUGGAACCCUUUUCUCUGUGAUAAGCCGGAUCCGCCCGGCUCAUCCGGGUUAUUUCGUGCUUUAUGAACUGCACUCUAGUGAGGCUUUGAAGGGGGGUGUGGGGGGGAUUGAGCCACCGCGGUGCCCAGUAUUGUUUCUGUUUUCAGACGGGUUGAACAGCCGCUCGACCUGAGCCUGCCAUCGUUUUCUGACGUUUCCACCUCGGCUCGAGGGAAGACGUUUCUGUUCGGUCCUUCGGUGUCUUUGAUAUCAAUAUCGAUUUGUUUUGGAAAAGCCGAGAAAGACUGUCAAGUGAUGUGAUUUGUGGUUUUUCUAUACAUUUAACCUUGAAUUUGAAACACCGGUUGCUAUCUUUAUACAAUGAAAUUUUUUUACACGCUGUUUUUUUUUUUUUUUUGUAAGAAGAAAGAACUUGCAACGCGACGUUUUGCGGUUUUCUAUGGUUACAAUUUUCAACAUAUGACAUUCUUGAUUUUUUUUUUUUUUUUUUUUUGGAUAUUGCAAUGUCUGCUGUGUCACUCAGUUAAAGGGCUUUUUAAUAUAUGUAAAUGGAGUAAAAAAAUGCAUGUCCAACAUUCCUGGAGAUGAAAUCUAUAUCCUAAAAGAUCUGAAUGUAACUUAAUUGAGUGAGAAUCACAAUAUCUCUUUUACUACAUGAACUGAACGGGGGGGACUGUUCUCCGGAGCUCAGCGCGCACGCCGCCGUAUCGUCUUCAACCUUUCGCUUUCUUCGCGUACAGAGUGGUCUCAAGGAUUUCACACUCGUGUGUCCUAAUGAAGUGAGACCCAGUCCAGAUGUAGCAGUUUCUUUUUUGAUGAAAGCAUUGGCUGUGUUAUCUUUGGGACUGCUCUGCGUCUCCUGUGCAGAUUUUGAACCACGCAGGACACUGGAGCGACUGAGGGAUUUAGAGGAGGAGGGCAGGGGGGGGGGAUGUUUGUUCUUUUUCUAGUGCAAUAUGCUGUACAUAAGAGCUUGGCUCACCAAAUCUUACAGUUUCUCUUAAUUUUGUUUUGUUGUUACAUGGGUACAUUGCUGUUUUGAUUUCUAUUAAAACUUUAUGAACUAUC